GCCCCUCCUCCGUGCUGUCCUCCUCUCUUUGCUGCUGGCCUCCACUGACGGCCUGCGGAAGCAUCAUCGUCACCGCUCCGCGUCGCUCCUCUCCUCACGGCACGCGCACCACAAGAGAUCGCAGCCACAGGCCGACAGCGUCCUGGCGGAGACUGACACCGAGGCGCUCGCUGAGCAGCUGGUGAGAGAGGCGGAGGCGACCAUCUGCACACGCCGCAGGAACCCCCUGCCGCCAGUCCAGCAGCUGCGCCCGCCGCGGCUCCCGCGCUGGCACCGGCGCCGGCGCCAACCACCACUACUUUGACCACCACUUCUGUGGUCACCACAACACCUGCACCAGCGCCCCCUCUUGUGACCCCUGCACCCGCACCCGCCACCGCCGUGGUGACACCCGCACCCGCGCCGGCACCACCAACCACACCGGCACCAGCGCCCGCCCCGGUGGUUGCUAGCAACACCUCAGUGUCCUCUGAAAGUGAUGCACAAAGCGAGGAGGGGAUGAGGGCGGACCAGGUCCCGGACCUCGAGGACAACGCGACAGCCCCGGUGGCUCCGACGGCCCCGACGGGCCCGUCCCCGGCGGCUGCGCCGGCGGCGGCGCCGGUUCUGCCGAAGAUUGGGACGGGGAAAGCCGCGAGACAUGCAUCCUGGUGGUGCAGAAUCUUCGGGUGCUGAGCGAGAGUAGAAGGAAGUAGCUGAAGAUGAGAAGUUGAAAAAAAGUGGACAAGACCCGAUAUGUUGUCAUGGUUUUCUCUCUUCCAUGUAUGAAUGAGAACUGGAAGAUUUGUCUGUUCAAGUAUUUUCUUAUAUCAAUGUCGACUGAUGGCAUGAUACGCAGUGGAUGGGG